UGCACAACUUGAGCAUUGAAAACAAAGAUGGCGUCUCGAAAGUCGGCCGCUCAGGCAAGCCAACUUUACCAAAGAUUUCUACAAAUUUGCGAGCAAUGGCCGAUCGAUUCUACGCGACAAGGCAGAGACCUUGGAUCACAUAUCAAGGAAAACCUUGAGACAAAGUUUAGGGACAGACAAAUUGAGGAAAAAGAAGCUUCGAGGAUGUUAGACAGUUUGAUAAAAAUAAGUUCAAAUUACUACAGAAACAAGUAUCCCAGGGCCAGAGAAACAGCUUUCACACAAGAAGCGCAAAAAUCUGGUGCAUAUAACUAUGUUCUGAGCACAGAUUUCCAAAACACGGUGAAAGAAAAACGACCGGGAUUUUUCGCUCGACUUACUGGUAAAAAGUGAAAAGAAAACUUGGCAAUUUGUAUUGAAAUACAAUUUUCCAGAUGGCUGAUAAUUGCAUUCUUCCGUGGCCUGAUGGACAUCUAUGUACAUCUGUGUACAUCAUGUAUAUAAAUCUAUAUGCGUAUAAUUGAAGUGUUCUAUUUAUUAACAACAUCUGAUAUGAAAGAUAUGGAAGAUGAUGACGAUAUAUAUAUGCGUUUUUUGAGAACACUGGGAAAAUAAUUUCUCAUCCGUAUAUUUUUUGUCAUAUUGAGAUAUUUCUAUGUGAACUAAUACAAAAAAUGUAUAAAAUUAAAUGACUGUUUGCCCAUGUAUACUCUACCUAUUGACUUUUUUAAAUACAUC